AUGUCGCCAUACGAAGGUUCAAACAGUUCGUAUUAUAACUAUCCGUCUCAACUAAGUCAAAGUCUAAACUUGCUGAACCAUCAGCAACUGCUCAAUCAACCGCUGCAGCACCAGCUCCAACAACAGCUGCCAGGUAAACUAUUUAAUAACCAUAUGCAGCAACAGCCGCAAGCUCUAAAUCAACAACAAUCUCAGCAACCUCAACUCAACCAUUUUAGCCAGCAGCUGCUGCAACAGCAGCAGCAGCAGCAGCAGCAGCAGCAGCAGCCAUUAAAGCGUCAGACGCAACAGCCAUACCUUUUACAGCAGUAUUCGCAGCCACAGCAGCAUGCAAACAACAAUGUGCCGCUUCAACAACAGAUGAUGUAUUCUAUACCACCGCCCCAAACACAGCAGCAGCAACAGCAGCAGCAGCAGCAGCAACAGCAUAUGCCGUUUCCGCCUUAUUAUCGGCAAUACCAACAGAUGCUGACCCAGGCUCAGGGUCAUACUCAAUCACUAAACCAGCAACCAACUUUGAACGAUAAUGGGACUCAAUAUUUCGAUCCUGGUAGUAACUAUAUGAUGGGUAUAUCACCAACUCACGGCUUGGUCCAAUCGAAUCAAUUACAACAGCAGCAGCAACAGCAACAGCAUUAUAGACCUCAACAAUUGUCCUAUUAUAACUUCCAUCAAGCAACAACACCAACCUCAAAUUCUACUAUACCCUCCUCUACAACCACCAACGCCGCUAAUAUCACCACCACCACCACCAACACCAUUACUGGCAAACCAAAUAAUAGUACGCCUGACAAACAAAAAGCAAGAUCUAGAUCAACUUCAAAACAAAAACAGCAAUCUCAGGACUCUUCCCAAUCUUCAGAGGUUGCAUCUCCUUUACAACCACAUAGUUUAGUGAUAUUCCCUAAUUUCCCAGAGAGGUUGCAAAAAAUAUUACCGCCUCCCCCCUUAUCUAAAGCACCAGUGCGUCCAGAUAUUACAGUGGGUACGACUGCCAAGCGAGCCAAACGCAAAUCUAAGUUUACGCAAGAACAAGACGACUUGAUUGUGAACUUGAAGAGAAAGGGGAAAAGCUGGGUAGAAAUAGCUGAGAUUUCUGGGGUCGGGUCAUACCUUGCUGCUAGAAAUCGAUAUCAAGUUAUUGUAGGACAACAAGGGAAUAAUAAUUCAAGUGCAUGGGAUAACAAUGACAAGAUUUUCUUGAGAAAUCUAUUAGAUGCGGCUGAAUUUGAAAAAUGGAGGUAUAUCACUGCAGAGUUGAAUAAAUCUACAGGUAAAGUAUUUACCGAUUACGAAUGUCGUGAAAUGAUUAGGGAACUAUUCUGGGCUAAUCCUUCCAGUUUUGGAGUUAGUGAAGAUACUAUAAAGGAGAGUAUAAAGGAGAGAAAACAGACCGAUAAAACUAUUGAGCAAAGAGAACAGCAAAAGAAGAAAAAGGCUAGUAUUAUUGAUGGAAGGUAUGAUGUUUAUGCAAACUCACAACCGCAACAACAACAACAACAACAACAGCCACAACCGCAACCGCAACCGCAGCAACAACAACUGCUGCUGCUGCAACAGGUUCUGUCACAACAAUCGCUUCCUCAUACUCAUUUGCAACCUCAACUUGAUCCUCUGCAAAUCCAUCAACCUUCACUUUGUUCUUAUUACAACAAGCCAUAUUACUAG